AGGGGCAGCAGAGGCUGGUCGCCUGAGCUUAGGCCGGUCACGAGAGUGCAAACUUCGGACUCCUUCAGACGGGCUGAGCGAGAGGUCAAGAGUUCCAUCCAUCCACUCCAUCCAUCCUUGCUCCUGAUCAGAAGAACCAGGGCACCCGGCAUGGAAGUCCAAUAAGGAGUUUUGGGUUAACACCAGCAAAUUCCUCCAGCAUCUGAGUUUUCUAUGCGACCGCCUGUGCCAACAUGAAAGACGAUUUUGCUGAAGAGGAAGAAGUUCAGUCCUUUGGUUAUAAGAGGUUUGGUAUUCAAGAAGGAACACAAUGCACCAAGUGUAAAAGUAACUGGGCACUGAAAUUUUCAAUCAUACUUUUGUAUAUAUUAUGUGCCUUGCUAGCAAUAACAGUAGCCGUCUUGGGAUACAAAGUUGUAGAAAAAAUGGACAAUGUUUCUGGUGACAUGGAAGAUUCACGUCAACGAUGCAGUGAGAAACUUUUAGAAGUGAAGAGUGAUUUAAAGAAACUGGAUUAUCAAGCUGAAGAGAAAGCCAUGACCACAAACACAGAGCUUUCAAGUUUCAAAGCUGACAUCCUAGCCCUCCGCCAGCAACUUCAUGAGAUGUCAGAGAAAACCACAAAGAACAAAGAUACACUGGAAAAGUUACAAGAACAUGGUAGCAUGUUAAAUGAAAGGCAAAGUCAAAUGAAUGGUGUUUUGGACAGCAACUCUUUCAUGAUCAACAACAUCAACAAAACUCUUCAAGCUUACAAUGACUACAUUGGUGAUCUCCAAGAAGACACAAAUAACAUUCAAACAAGCUUACAAAGCCAAAUGCACUCCCAUAAUGUUGCCAUAUUGAAUCUAAAUAAUCUUAACCAGACACAGGUUCAGCAAAGAAAUCUUAUCAGUGCUUUGCAGAGAUCUGUGGAUGACACAAGUCAGGCUAUCCAAAGAAUCAAAAAUGACUUUCAGAACCUUCAGCAGGUUGCCCUCCAAGCACGGAAAGAUACCGACUGGCUUAAAGGGAAACUGCAGAUUUUGCAAGUAUUUGCAGCUAACCAUUCCGUUAUGACCAAAGCUAAUAAUGAAACACUUGAGGAUAUGAGCAGUCAGUUAAACUCAUUCAGUGAACAGAUGGAGAAUAUCACUACUAUUGCUCAAGCCAAUGAACAAAGUUUGAAGGAUCUCCAAGAACACUAUAAAGAAUAUGAAAACAGAACAUCUGCCAAAUUUAGCCAGCAAGAAGAUCAAUUUCAUAGCUUUGAGACAGAUAUUGUCAACAUUAUUAGUAAUAUUAGCUACACUGCCCAUCACUUACGGACACUAACCAGCAAUCUCAAUGAUGUCAGGACAACGUGCACGGAUACUCUUAGCAAGCAUACGGAUGAGCUGGCUUUUAUGAACAACACAUUAGCUAAUGUUCGUUUUGAUGCUACUACUUUAAGGAUGCAGCAGGAUGUGAUGAGGACCCGGUUAGAUAACGAAGUAGCCAAUUUAUCCAUCAUAAUGGAAGAAAUGAAGCUGGUAGAUUCUAAACAUGGCCAGCUGAUUAAAAAUUUUACAAUACUGCAAGGUCCUCCAGGUCCAAGAGGUUCCAAAGGUGACAGAGGACCCCAAGGUCCAAUUGGACUUACUGGGCCUAAGGGACAAAAAGGAGACAAAGGUGAACCAGGACCUCCAGGACCUCAAGGUGAAACGGGACCAAGUGGCCCACCUGGAUCACCGGGUGAAAAAGGUGGAAAAGGUUCCAGAGGUUCACCUGGAUCUAAAGGCCAGAGAGGUUCAACUGGGAAGACUGGGCUGCCCGGUCCUAGUGGAGAUCCAGGACUCCCUGGACCACCUGGCAAAGAUGGACCCCCUGGCCCACAAGGCCCACCUGGACCCAUAGGUCUUCAAGGACUUGUUGGCGAACCAGGGAUACCUGGUGCUCGUGGGAUACCUGGCUUCCCAGGUGUACCUGGUCUACGUGGUCUUCCAGGAGAGCCUGGUCCUCCUGGGCUGCCUGGGCCACCUGGAACGUCAAGUCCAGGAGUAGCUAUGGCACUACAAAGCGAGAUUAACGGUUGUCCUGUUUACUGGAAGAACUUUUCAGGCAAUUGUUACUACUUUUCAAACGAAAGAGCCAUUUUUGAAGACGCAAAGCUUUUCUGUGAAGAGAAAUCAUCUCAUUUGGUCUUCAUCAAUAGCAAAGAGGAACAGCAAUGGUUGAAAAAACAAGUUAUUGCAAAAGGCAGUUUCUGGAUUGGUCUCACUGACUCAGUGAAGGAAGAUGAGUGGCGAUGGCUGGAUGGCACUGUACCAGAAUACAUAAACUGGAGUGCUGGACAGCCUGAUAACUGGAAACAUGGCCAUGGACCAGGGGAAGAUUGUGCUGGAUUAAUCCAUGCUGGGCUCUGGAAUGACUUUCACUGUGAAGAUGUUAAUAGUUUUAUUUGUGAACAAGAUGUGGAAAAAGCUCAGCCUCCAGGAUUGUAACAGGUCGUGGACCAAGAGACUGGCAUUUUCUUUGCAAAGAGAUUCAUCUGGGACUGGGAACCAUUACCCAAGAAAAGGAGCACUGAGAACUUUGAUGAAUAAACUUCAUCAGCACAAUUUGUCCUCCACAUUUUCUAAUUUUUCAGGGGCUUUACAACCUGUUGCACAAACAUGUUGGUAGAAAAUGUAAUUGGACACAACUACUUGUAGAUCUCUUCAGUCGUUAAGCAGAAGAUAUGUUCUGGUAAGAACUAGAAAAUAGCAAGCUGAUAACAAGUUAUGACUUUACUACUCUAGAAAGACAAAAAAAAAAAAUACAAAGCUACUGUGUAAACAAGGCAGCCACUUGCUAAAUUCCCAAAUAUUGGCAAUUUAUAUAAAUAUACAUGUAUAAAUUUAUAUAAAAUUUAUAUAUAAAUAUAUAUAGUCCAGUUCUGAUCAGUAAUAUAGAAUAUACUUUUUAAAGCUUUUAAAAUUCUGUAUUUUUGUACAAAAUGUUGCCUAUUACAUUGAUUGAAUUGCCUUUUUAUACGAAUAUAGUAAAUAGAAAUCAAACACCAUGAAUGCUACUUAUCAUUCAGUAGAAAUAACAGUCUGGAAUAAAUUACCCCAUGUUUAAACUUUAACUUUUAAAAUUGAUUUUAGAUGGCAUUAGCAGUCUAUUAUACAAAAAUAUACACAAAGUUAAGAUCCAAGGACAACAUGCUUGUUUUUCCGAACUGGUCCAUUGACAGAACUCCGGGCAGCUGAAUGUCUAGCAAUAGACUUGAAGGAAGGGAUAGCAUUGUCUACUAAACUACAUAUUUUAUAGAGAAUUCAGGAUUCAGUCUUCCUGAUUCCAAUCAAAAUAAUCAAGUGGUCAGAGAGCUU